AUGGUUAAGAGCGUCAGCAAAACUUUGUUUAAACUCGCUGUGGGUCAUGGUCAUGAUGGUCAUGGUCAUGAUGGUCAUGGUCAUGGUGGUCAUGGUCAUGGUAGUCAUGAUCAUGAUGGUCAUGGUCAUGAUGGUCAUGGUCAUGGUAGUCAUGGUCAUGAUGGUCAUGGUCAUGAUGGUCAUGAUCAUGAUGGUCAUGGUCAUGGUAGUCAUGGUCAUGGUGGUCAUGGUCAUGGUCAUGGUCAUGGUAGUCAUUGUCAUGAUAGUCAUGUUCCUCAUCCUUCUCCACGCUCAAAUUAUCAGUAA